CACCGGGAGAGGCCACCUGAACCGCUUCAGCGUUUCCUUUGGGAUUUCCCGCGGGGAGUGAUGAACUCCAUCGAUCCCCAGUCCCAUCACCAGCACCACCACUCCUCCCCCACCGUCGGCUCUCUCCCACCCAAAGGCGCCCAGGAGGCCCCGGACAUGGCCGCUGUCUACUGCGACAACUUCAGCAGCAUGUACCACCAGCAGAGCCUCCAGAGCGCACAGAGACCCGCCGGCUACGGCCUCGGAGAUUACGCAUCGUCUCCAAACCCGUACCUGUGGCUCAACGGGCCGGGCGUCAACUCCUCCGCGUCUUACCUGCACGGGAACAACCCGGCGUCGUUCAUCCCGCCUUCCUACGGCUCGCAGCGGCAGUUCAUAACGAACUCACCUGGCUUUGGUGGGCCCGACCUGGGCUGGCUGUCCAUCGCCAGCCAGGAGGAGCUGCUGAAGCUGGUGCGGCCGCCUUACUCCUACUCUGCACUCAUAGCCAUGGCCAUCCAGAAUGCGCACGAGAAGAAGCUGACCCUGAGCCAGAUUUACCAGUACGUCGCCGACAAUUUCCCCUUUUAUAAGAAGAGCAAAGCCGGCUGGCAAAACUCGAUCCGGCACAACCUGUCUCUGAACGACUGCUUCAAGAAAGUGCCGAGGGACGAGGACGAUCCAGGAAAAGGAAAUUACUGGACUUUGGACCCAAACUGUGAAAAGAUGUUUGACAACGGAAAUUUCCGCAGGAAAAGGAAAAGACGUUCAGAUCCGAGCAGCGCCGGAGGAGCGGCGGCGGCAGCCGCAGGGGCCACAAAAGUGGAAGACGGGAGGCCGUCAGCGGCGGCCUCUCUGAAGCCAGACAGUCCUCAGCUCCUGGGGCCGCCAUCGCCAGAGAUGGAGGCGAUGAACGAGAGCCACAAGAGCUCGUCGUCCUCUUCCCCGCCCGGACUGUCCUCAGCCGCUCCUUGUUUUAAUAACUUUUACAGCAGCAUGUCGACGCUCAGCUCGGGGGGCCCCAGCCGGCAGGGGGCCCUGGGACUGGUGAACGAGCUGUCCAAUAGGAACAUUACGGCUCUGAGCCCGUACCACCUUAACCACGGCGGGCAGGACACGGGGGCGUCAGAGCACGGCGAGGGCUUGCAUUUCAACCGUGGAGUGUACUACAACACGUUUGCUGGCGGGCAGAGCGGACAGUUCAACAGCCACUUCUACAACAGCUUCAGUGUCAACAGCUUGAUUUACCCCCGAGAAGGGACCGAGCUAUAGGAGUUGAUGCACCACGACUUCACCACACGGUUGUUUAGGGCCUUUGCUGCUCGGUUAAUCCCUCUGAGACACACAGACACACAGCAGAGAGGUCGGCGUCUCUGCACCACCAACACAGCACUCCCUUCACUGAUCAGCUCACGGAGAGAUUAGAGAACUAGAGUAUUUUAGGUAAAAGUUGAUUGAACUUGACGAGCACUCAAACUGUCGGAGCACCAGCCGGAGAGUCAAACUAAAAACUAGCACUUAUCUUUUUACUCUUUUAUUUACUAUCUCAAAGCUCCUACUUUGCUCUUAAUGCUGAAAUAUACUUGCAAAGUAAUACAACCACCAACACUUAAUGUCUUUUGUAAUAUUUUAAACAUCUAUUUUACUUUUAUUUUGGCAGAUUCAACAUAAAGUUUUUAUUAGUGUUGUCAAAGCCACUCUUUCAUGUUUUAGAUGUAAAUGUCCGUUUUGAUAUUUUUGCCAGUUUUGCCAAAUCUAGCCCAUAAUCCUUUGCAGCGGCCAAAUUCUUACAGUUGAUUACAUAUGUUGAAACUGUUUUAUUCAUAUUCAUAAUCAACUCAAAUCUGCCAAAGUUGCCUUUUGUGAGACCGCCAUUACCUCAACACAACACUCAUGUGAGAUGAACGUGCCCUGCGAUGAUGGUUCGCCUGGAUAUUUAGUUUCCAAAUGCAGUAACGAUUGAUGUAAUACAAACAUGAUCCGGGGCUUUGCUUAUUUUUAUAUCCUCCAUUGUGACUGAAACAGCACUAAGGCUCAUGUAAAUACAUGUGGACUUUAUAAAUGUGUAUUUUUGUAAAUUAUAAAAAAUAGUGUGUGACUAUUUAUGCUAUUUAAUAUAAUGCUAAUAGGCAUUGUUUUUCUGCUGUUGUCUGAACGUAGUUUGAUUAAAGCAGAAGUGAAUGACAUUAGCUUACAAAAUGUGCCGAAAACAGUAUCACUAAAACCCAGAUGUCAUAAAUAUAUAUAUUAAAAACUAUAUGCUAUAUCGUGGUUUCUCUCAGGAUUCAGUGUGACAAUCAUUGAAUGGCUUUUGUAUCUAUU